AUGACCAAUGACUAAUAGAGCGUCAAAGAAAGACGCUGGAAGCACAACACGUACUUGUGUGGCUACGCGUGAACAAUGGUCGUUGGGCAAGCUAGUAUCACUUACUAUGGAAAAUUUCCUGACUUACCAGCAGUGCACAGUUAUGUUUGACCCUUGUUUAAAUGUCAUUAUGGGCCCCAAUGGAACUGGGAAAAGCUCUAUUGUAUGUGGAAUUUGCCUGGCUCUUAAUGGAAAAGCGACCCUUCUUGGAAGAGCCAAAGACGAUAGAGAAUAUAUUGCAUACGGAUGGGAUGUUGCAAAGUUGAGAAUUGAACUGUACAAUCCAGCUGGUCCAGCUUUUACGAUAGAGCGAACAAUUAACCGUACUGGGUCAGUGAAAAACAAGUGGAUUGUGAAUGGGGAAACCUCAACCGCUUCUCAUGUUGAUCAAUUGAAGCUUCAAUUGAGCAUCCGAAUUGAAAGUCUGUGCCAGUUUCUGCCACAGGACAGAGUACAAGCUUUUUCCGCGAUGAGCGACAGUGCUAGAUUAGAGGACUCAAUAAACUCAAUUGACCCUUCAUUGAGUGAGAAGCACAAACAAUUGAAAGAGUUAGCCAAUGAAGGAUCUGAUUUCGAAGCAUGGAAAAAGAAAACGGAAGAGUUAAUCGAUAGCUUUUCUGGAGAGAUUGACAUUUUAGCGCCGCAAGUGCAACAGGUGAAAGAUAAACGCGACAGAGAAGAGCGAAGAAGUGUUUUGAAGCAGAAGAAGCUGUUCCUUCUUUAUGAAGUGGAGUUGAAAGAAUUCAACCAGUUAAGAGAGAGAAGAGAUGUUCUUGAGAAGGAAGUAAGCGUUAAGAGAGAGGACAUGAAGCCACUUCAGAAAGUACUCUGUGAGAAAAAAGACUCGGCUGUCCAGUCAAUGCGGAAAGUGAAAGACUGCUCUAAGAAUCUGCAGAACUGCCUAAGAUCUCAAGAAGUAGUGAUGCAGAAGGCAGAGCAGUUCUCAGAAGCACAACAGAAGGUGCAUCAUCAAUUAGACCAGAGGAAGCUAGACGAUGAGAAAAGAGUAGUCGUGGCUCAGCAGUUGAGAGAGGAGAUAGCUAUCAUUCAGCAGAAUCUGACGGACACAACAAAGUCAGAGCAAAGUAUCGCCACAAGGACCAAGGAGUUGGAGGCGAUAAUUGAUGGUUUGAAUGCUGAAUUAGCCCCAUUGGAGAAUGAGCAUGGACGGGUGGGUAUGGACUACCAGAGGAAGAAGAGUGAGCUGGAGCAGCUGAACAAGUUGCUGAUGAACUUCGAGCACAAAGUGAAAGAAAGGGAGAAUGAAUUGAACCAGUUCCACUCCCAUUCCUACAGGGCAUAUCAGUGGGUGAAGGAGCACGAGAGUGAAUUGGGCUUGGAGGGGGAGUGGAGUCUGCCGAUGUUCCUCUCCCUCGCAGUCACCGACCAGAGCAGACGGAGACAGGUGGAGAUGCAUCUGAAGAAGAAAGAUCUGUUCGCAUUCGUGUUCGCCAACAAACAGGAUCUCGACAAGUUCUCAUCAAUCGUCAAUGACCAGAUGGGUCUGGUAGUAGAUUCCCUUUUGGCUCCCAGCCAAGAUCUCACUUCGGACAGAUUGGCCAGAGAACAGCUCAGUAGGUUCAAUUGCGAUGGAGUUCUACUGGACUUCAUAAGUGCCCCUGGGCCAGUGAUGAGAUAUCUGCAGAAGAUCUACUUCUUCCACAAGACUCCGAUUGGAAACCAGUUGACAGACCAGAACAUCGAUGAACUUUCCCAGAGGUUUCCGGUAUUUUACUCGAAUGAUCGUCGCUUCCAAAGCAAGAAAUCAAAAUACUCUGGCCAGAUAUCAUCCGGCGAAGUGCAGCUGAGAAACUGCAGAUUUCUCAAAGACACUUUCGAACUGAGUCAGAAAAUGGUCAUCCAGCAGCAAAGAACAGAAAAACUGGUGGAGGAACAGCAAAUCAAGAAGGUUCUAGAAGAAAUAUUCCAGAAAAUGAACAUGAUCAGCAAUAAAAUCAACCAAUUGAAAUCGGAGAAAUCUUCGCUAGCGCAUAAUGAGAAGCAACGGAAACAGUUGGAAACUUCGCUGCAAUUGAAAUCGAAUAAACUGCGAAGUAUAGAGUCGGCAAAAGUGAACAUGAAGGCUGAGUUUGAGAAGGCGACGAAAAAUUUCCAGGAUUCGAGGCAGCAGAAACUGGCGCUGAUGGCAAAUGUAAAAGGGAAAAUGGAAGAGGUUAUGAAGGAGUUGCAGAAAGCAUCUCUCUGUAAUUUGAGAGUAGAAAUAGACAAUUUUGGCACACGGCUGUGUGAGCGACAGCUGAAGACAGAGCAGGAGUCCAACAGUACUCUGGAGGGGGAGUUGCAGAGACUGAUGGAGACAGUGACUGAUAAAAAGAGGAAGGCCAGAAACUGUUGGGUGGAUGCACUUAAGGAGGCUAAUUUAGAGGUCACUGCCAAGACCAUACCACAAUAUGUGGAGGAUAAGUUUCAGAAGUUUGGUGUGCCUGAUGAUGUGGUGUCGGUGGAGCAGCAGAUGGAGGAGGAGGAGGAACAGCUGGCCAUAAUUGCACUAGUCCAAUUAGACGAAGGGGUGGUGGAAAGAUUCGAGAAAUUGAAUCGGAAAGUGGAAGAACUGCGAGCUCAGAAAGACAGCAGAUCUCGCCAGCACGACACACACCAGGAGAAAGUGGACCAAUUACGCUACGAGUGGCUGCAGAGUGUGAAACACUUCAUAGAACGACUGGAUAGGAACUUCUCCCGAUUCAUGAGUGAGAUGCAGUGCAGCGGUAGAGUGGAGUUGCAGAGUAAGGGGGACUUGGAUCCGGGCUCUUACGGACUGAGCAUCAAAGUGAGCUACAGGAGGGGUGAGGGGGUGCAGGAGUUGAAGCGGGAGUACCAGAGUGGGGGAGAAAAGAGUGUGGCCACCAUGUUGUACCUACUGGCACUGCAAGAGCUGACUACAGACGUACCCUUCCGAAUAGUGGAUGAGAUAAACCAAGGCAUGGACGCAGACAACGAACGCAAGGUGUUCAACAUGAUCGUAGAGACAGUUUGCAACGGAGACUCAGACACCAAGACUUCCCAGUACCUCUUUGUGACUCCUAAGUUACUACUAGACCUGCAGUACCAGCCAAACAUGUCAGUUUUAGUGGUGAAUAACGGAGUGGCGAAUGAUAUUGGUUCUAAAGACUGGAACAUAUCCAAGUUUAUUAAGAAGCACAGACGGCUUACGGCAGCUACUCAGGAUGGCGAAUAGAAAUGAUGAUUGAGGUUUUUGAAACAAUCAGAUAUUGGCAAUUAUUGUUGAUUUUAGUCGAUAUAAACUGGAGUUAGCAGUUAUAUGAUAAUGAAAUUGUGUUCUUAUUUGAUUGUCUAUUGGGUUCAGUUGUGAAUCAAAAUUGUAAUUGAUUGAAGUGCAAUUUAGGUUAGUAUUGUU